AUGUUAGAACCAUUUAGCCCACAACCAUUUAAGGCAGAACCAUUUGGGGCAGAACCAUUUAAGGCAGAACCAUUUGGGGCAGAACCAUUUAAGGCAGAACCAUUUGGGGCAGACCCAUCUAAGGCAGAACCAUUUGGGGCAGACCCAUCUAAGGCAGAACCAUUUGGGGCAGACCCAUCUAAGGCAGAACCAUUUGGGGCAGACCCAUCUAAGGCAGAACCAUUUGGGGCAGGCCCAUCUAAGGCAGAGCAAUUUAAGGCAGAGCAAUUUGGGGCAGACCCAUCUAAGGCAGAACCACUUAUAAGGCAGACCCAUUUUAAGGCAGAGCAAUUUGGGGCAGACCCAUCUAAGGCAGAACCACUUAUAAGGCAGACCCAUUUUAAGGCAGACUCAUUUAACACAGACCCACUUAAAGCAGAACCAUUUAAAGCAGAAUCAUUUAGGGCAGAACCAUUUAAGAAGAAAAUAGUAAAUCAUUCAAAGAAUCAUUCAUGA